UGCAGACGCACAUAACUGGAGGAGGUGCUCAUGAGAGUAAACCAGCGCCGCCGCCGACUGUAUCCAUCGCCAUGGCUGCCAUGCAGCUGCUGGUCCUCGCUGUGCUGGUCGCCGGGGCAGCAGCAGGCUGUGACUCAGGGGGAGUGAAAGAACGGCUCUUUAUUGGAUAUCCCUGCCGCAAUGGCUCACGGCCCUACCAAGCGGCUCUCCUGAAGAACGGCACCACCUACUGUGCUGGGAGCCUGAUACACCCAAAGUGGGUGCUAACUGCUGCGCACUGCAGCAGAAACAUCAGCUCAGUGCAGGUGCAUCUGGGGGAUUAUAAUUUACAGGUAAAGGAAGGCACAGAACAGAUUAGAAGAAUCCGCAGCUACUUCAUGCACCCCAAGUAUAACCUCCGCCGCCUUGACUAUGAUUUCAUGCUUCUGGAGCUGGAUAAGCCUGUUCGACUCAACAACUUUGUGAAAACGAUCCGCCUGGCGACCCGUUGUCCCGCUCCUGGAACGCGAUGCAGAGUCUCAGGAUGGGGCAUCACCAACUUUCCCAAAAACCACACGCUAGGCAACCUGCAGUGUGCAGAUCUCCGCACCAUCAGCCGGACCAGGUGUCUUGAGCCUUACCCAGGCCGGAUCACAGAGAACAUGCUCUGCGCUGGCAUGGAACGUGGCAGCAUCAGGUCAUGCCAGGGCGAUUCAGGAGGCCCGCUGGUCUGCAAGGGGAGGCUGCAGGGCCUGGUCUCCUGGGGGGGGCCCAUCUGUGUCCUACCAGAAAAGCCUGGCGUCUACGCCAAAGUCUGCAAAGCCGUCCGGUGGGUGAGGGACACCAUACGGAGGAGGUGCUCUGGGUUGGACUGAGAGCUCCCAGCAUGUCACACCCGCUUCAGUAACCCUCCAACCCCCACCCCAGCCG